GACCGUGGACCGUAAAUUAGAAAGAUUUUGGCGUGGACAGCGAAGUCGUAUGAAUAGGUGAUUUCUUGAAAUAAUAACAAUUUCCAAAUUUACCUCGGUUUGUACAUGUAGAAAUCUAAAUCUCAGUUCUUCUGAACUCAUCACGUUUUUAGUUUCCUCAGUGAAGCGAGCAAUCGCCGAGAGGGUUAUACUUUAACUUUGGCAAGUGAACACAACGGUUAUUGAAGUGAACAUGGGAGAAACUGAAGCCGCAGUGAACCCUAAAGCCUAUCCUUUGGCGGACGCGGCCCUUACUGCGAAGAUUCUUAACCUGGUGCAGCAGGCAACCAAUUAUAAGCAGCUACGGAAGGGUGCCAAUGAAGCUACGAAAACUUUGAAUCGAGGUCUUUCUGAGUUUAUAGUAAUGGCAGCUGACGCCGAGCCGCUGGAGAUUGUAUUACACAUUCCAAUCCUUUGCGAAGAUAAGAAUGUACCUUAUGUGUUUGUACGGUCAAAGCAAGCUCUGGGGCGUGCUUGUGGAGUCUCCCGCCCAAUUAUAGCUUGCUCCAUCACCAUUAAUGAAGGCUCACAGCUCAAGCCUCAGAUCCAAAGCAUUCAUCAGGAAAUUGAGAGACUUUUAGUUUAAAUUAGAAAUAUUAUGACAUAUUUUUU